CGGGGCUGCCCGCCGCCAGCAUGCCGCUCGCGCAGCUGGCCGAGCCCUGGCCCAACAUGGAGAUGGUGCAGCUGGACACGGAGAAUGGGCAGGCUGCUCCAGAGGAAGGCGGGAACCCUCCGUGCAAGGCAAAGUCAGACAUCACUUGGGUAGAGAAAGAUCUGGUGGACCCUGCAGACAAGGGCGAGGGUGUUGUGAAGGAAAUCAACAUCACGCACCAUGUGAAGGAGGGCUCUGAGAAGGCUGACCCUUCUCAGUUUGAGCUUCUGAAGGUUCUGGGACAGGGCUCUUUUGGCAAGGUUUUCUUGGUGAGAAAAAUAACACCACCAGACAGCAACCACCUCUAUGCCAUGAAAGUGCUCAAAAAGGCAACACUGAAAGUGCGUGAUCGUGUAAGAACAAAGAUAGAAAGGGACAUCCUAGCUGAUGUAAACCAUCCCUUCGUGGUGAAGCUGCACUACGCAUUCCAGACAGAGGGGAAGCUGUAUCUCAUCUUGGAUUUCCUCCGAGGAGGUGACCUUUUCACUCGGCUUUCCAAAGAGGUCAUGUUCACAGAGGAGGACGUGAAGUUUUACCUAGCAGAGCUUGCUCUGGGACUUGACCAUUUGCACAGCCUAGGAAUCAUAUACAGAGACCUCAAACCAGAGAACAUUCUCCUGGAUGAAGAAGGACACAUCAAACUCACAGAUUUUGGCUUGAGUAAGGAGGCAAUAGACCAUGAAAAGAAAGCCUACUCCUUCUGCGGGACAGUGGAAUAUAUGGCCCCAGAGGUUGUGAACCGUCAGGGCCACUCCCACAGCGCAGACUGGUGGUCCUAUGGGGUGCUGAUGUUUGAGAUGCUCACUGGCUCACUGCCUUUCCAGGGGAAGGACCGCAAGGAAACGAUGACCCUCAUCCUUAAAGCAAAACUGGGCAUGCCUCAGUUCCUGAGCGCUGAGGCACAGAGCCUCCUGCGAGCCCUCUUCAAAAGGAACCCAGCCAACAGAUUAGGUUCUGGUCCAGAUGGGGCAGAAGAGAUAAAGCGUCAUCCGUUCUACUCUACUAUUGACUGGAAUAAGCUGUACCGAAGAGAAAUCAAGCCUCCCUUCAAGCCUGCUGUAGGCCAGCCUGAUGACACCUUUUAUUUUGACACAGAAUUUACAUCGCGUACACCGAAAGAUUCCCCAGGCAUCCCUCCCAGUGCAGGUGCACAUCAGCUCUUCCGCGGCUUCAGCUUUGUGGCCACCGGACUGAUGGAAGACAGCAAGGUGAAACCUGCACAGCCCCCUCUGCAUUCCGUGGUGCAGCAGCUGCAUGGAAAGAACAUCCAGUUCAGCGAUGGCUACGUGGUGAAGGAGGCGAUUGGUGUGGGCUCCUACUCUGUGUGCAAACGGUGCAUUCACAAAGCAACCAACAUGGAGUAUGCAGUCAAGGUUAUUGACAAGAGCAAACGGGACCCUUCUGAGGAAAUUGAGAUCCUCCUGCGAUACGGGCAACAUCCAAACAUCAUUACCUUGAAAGAUGUUUAUGAUGAUGGGAAGUACGUGUAUCUGGUGACAGAACUGAUGAGAGGAGGGGAGCUGCUAGAUAAAAUCCUGAGACAGAAGUUCUUCUCAGAGAGGGAGGCCAGUUCAGUCCUACACACGAUCUGCAAAACGGUGGAAUAUCUGCAUUCUCAAGGGGUAGUUCACAGGGACUUGAAACCCAGCAAUAUUCUCUAUGUGGAUGAGUCAGGAAACCCAGAAAGCAUUCGUAUAUGUGACUUUGGCUUUGCCAAGCAGCUGAGAGCUGAGAAUGGUCUUCUCAUGACUCCUUGCUAUACUGCAAACUUUGUGGCACCUGAGGUACUGAAGCGACAGGGUUACGAUGAGGGCUGUGACAUCUGGAGCCUGGGAGUUCUCCUUUAUACUAUGCUGGCAGGCUGUACUCCAUUCGCAAACGGACCCAGUGACACUCCAGAAGAGAUCCUGACUCGAAUAGGCGGGGGAAAGUUCUCUGUCAAUGGAGGCAACUGGGACACUGUUUCUGACAUGGCCAAGGACCUGGUAUCAAAGAUGCUUCAUGUAGAUCCUCACCAGCGCCUGACAGCCAAGCAGGUCCUGCAGCACCCAUGGAUAACACAGAAGGACAGCUUACCCCAGAGCCAGCUGAAUCACCAGGAUGUCCAGCUGGUAAAGGGAGCAAUGGCUGCCACAUACUCUGCACUGAACAGCUCUAAGCCGAGCCCCCAGCUGAAGCCCAUCGAGUCUUCCAUCCUGGCGCAGCGGCGGGUGAAAAAGCUCCCCUCCACCACCCUGUGAGGAUGGGGUAGUGUGGGGUGGUUACACCAGGCUUUGCACAACUACUGAGGUGUGGCAGGACAUAGGGCAGUUGGUGCCUGCCCCUUGAGGACUUGUUCUCAAAUCCACGUCAAGGCCAAGUGCCUUCUGCCUGCAGUAGACUGGCUCCUCCUUGUGUGGACUGAUCUUUGCUGAGAGAACUUCACUGUAAAACUUUUUUGAAGUGUAAAUUGUUGAUUUUUAAAGACAUCCAUCUGUGUAUAUGAGAAUUAGAAUGUAUAACUGAUGUCAAGUGGCACUAAAAAGGAGCUCUGAUUCACCCUUUCCCAUGUAGGGCUAGAUAUUUGUUGUAGCUACGAUAUUUCAAAUAAGGUAGGGAUCAUCUAGAGAGAGUCCAGCAGAGGGCCACAAAGAUGAUUAAGGGCCUGGAGCCCAGAACUGGUCGUGGUAUUCCAGAUGUUGCCUCUCCAGGACAGAGCAGAGGGGCAGGAUCACCUCCCUCGUCCUGCUAGUCACGCUUUUUUAAAUUCACGCCAGGUUACCAUUGGCCUUCUUUGGCCACCAGGGCACACAGAUCUACGGAGCUGUGUAAUUUGCCCUGUGACAGGCAAACCAGCAGUACUGUAGCAGGGCUGCAUAUCAGGCCACCUCCUCUCAGGUGUAUUACACCACUUUGCAGUGGGAAAUAAUGAGACCUAGUUAGGACAAGGCAGAAAUCAACAGGAAGGGUGGCAGGAUGUGGGCUGUGGGGGGAAAUCCUUCUCUCAGGGCAUUUUAGUGUUAAUCGAAACCAACGCUUUGAGGUGAACUGUGCUAGAAGUAAAUCCCAGACCCACUCUCACCUGCAGGCCAGUGCUGGAGCUGCCCCAGUGCUGGCAGAUCAGAAUCGCAGAGGCUGCGGAUGCACGAGGGUGUGACUGAAGUCAGCAAAAGUCCUUGUGCAAAUUUCUGCUAUGGGCAAGUUUUGAUUAUUAGUUCCCAAUCAACCAAGUGCUGUUACUUUUUUAAUUCCAGUGCUCAAUAAAAAAGGACGUGUUGAUCUCUG